AUGGUUAAUGUUUUAGUACAUUUUAGUUUUUGCGUUUUUCAAAUUUUUCUACUUUUUAAUGUUGCAAAUGGGAAAAUCCAUCACCAGAAGUUCGUGGUGAAAUCAUCUUCUUACACUCGACUAUGUAGUACCAAGGAAAUCCUGACUGUGAACGGCCGAUUCCCAGGGCCGACUUUGAAAGCUCGUAGAGGAGAUAAAAUUAUUAUUACGGUCUAUAACAAGGCAAACUACAACAUCACGUUUCAUUGGCAUGGAGUUAGACAAGUUAGAAAUUCAUGGUCAGAUGGACCUGAGUACAUCACGCAGUGCCCGAUUCAGCCAGGAAACAAGUACACUUACAAAGUAGAGUUUACAACGGAAGAAGGAACAAUGUGGUGGCACGCACACAGUGGGUGGGCAAGAGCAACAGUUCACGGACCCAUUUUUGUCUAUCCAAAGCGUGGUUCUCGCUAUCCCUUUUCUAAACCUCAUGCAGAGGUUCCAAUCAUACUAGGCGAGUGGUGGAAGAAAGAUGUUAUGGAGAUACCAGGAAAUGCAAAUAUAACAGGAGGUGAACCCAUACUCUCAGAUGCAUAUACCAUAAAUGGGCAACCAGGCCAUCUCUAUCCAUGUUCCAAAUCAGGUACUUUCGAAAUGUCAGUGAAGCAUGGGAAAACCUAUUUGCUUCGGAUAAUUAGCGCGGUAAUGGAUGAAGAGCUUUUCUUCGGCAUAGCAAACAACAAAUUAACAUUGGUGGGAAAGGAUGGUUACUAAAAACAAAUCGAGACAUCUUACAUAAUGAUAACCCCAGGCCAAUCCAUGGAUGUUUUAUUACAAGCAAACCAACCUCCAAGUCUCUAUUUCAUGGCUGCAAGAGCAUAUUCAAGCGCCACUGGAGCUGGUUUCGAUCAAACCACGACAACAGCCAUCGUUAAAUACAGCGGUUCACACCGAGAUCAUCCGCAGUUUCCUCACUACAAAUUUCCCCAUCUACCUCCCUAUAACAGAACUCAAGCAUCAACCGACUUCACCAAGCACUUCAGAAGCCUAGCAACGAAAGAGCACCCAACCAAUGUCCCAUUACAUGUAAACACCAACCUCUUCUUCGCCAUAUCUGUAAAUCUUCUAAAUUGCAGUGGCAAACCAUGCAGCGGUCCCUUUGGUAAAAGAUUUUCCGCUAGCGUGAACAACGUAAGCUUUGUAGCCCCAUCCAUCGACAUACUUCGAGCGUACUAUUAUAAGAUCCCAGGUGUUUUCGAGAAAGAUUUUCCAAGAAAACCUCCUAAGGGGUUCAAUUAUACCGGUGAUCGACUUCCUGACAACUUGUUUACCCCUUCCUACGGCACGAAGGUGGUGGUUCUGGAGUACAAUGCGAGUGUUGAACUAGUUUUACAGGGAACCAAUGUGCUAGCAAGUGAUAACCAUCCUGUGCAUUUGCAUGGCUAUAGCUUUUAUGUUGUUGGCUGGGGUUUCGGAAACUUCAACCCCAAGAAAGACCCUUUAAGCUACAAUCUUGUUGAUCCUCCAGAGGAGAGUACAGUUGGUGUUCCUAAGAACGGUUGGGUUGCAAUCAGAUUUAGAGCAGAUAAUCCAGGUGUGUGGGUGAUGCAUUGUCACAUAGAGCGUCAUCAAACGUGGGGAAUGACAACGGUGUUCCUCGUGAAAAAUGGUGUUGAUCUAAAAAGUAAAAUUCUUCCACCCCCUCAUGAUUUGCCCACUUGCUGAGGGGUUGGAUUUAGGCU